UAGCGGUUACGCUUUUAUUGGCUAAAGGUUGUAGGCUUUCAUCUAGUGGCUUUAGCUGCAUCACCGCUCAAAGGGAUGCAGGGGGUUGCUAUGGUUUCUGCGGGCUAAACGUCAGCCAAAUGUGUACACGUGAUACGCAAUAUCGCCGACGUAAUACGCAGAACAUGAUCUGAGGAGGCGUUCGUUGUACCUUUGUCCAAGCUAUCCAAACGCAAAAACCCAUAAAUGGAUCGUGGGUCGAAACGGCGACAGGUAAAGCCUUUGGCCGACUCUUUGCUGGAAGCUUUGGAUUACGAUAGCUCAGACGACAGUGAUUUUGAAGUAGGAGAUGCAUCAGGUUCAGACGGUACUGGGAAUGGAAGCGAUGAGGACGGUUCAAAGGACAGUGCCGCGGGCUCUGAAAGCGACUCGGAUGCCGUCAGGUCUGCAAACGAGGAGGGCAUUGAUGAAGCGGAGGCCAAAGAUUUAAACGAAGACACAGAGGAAGAGGAAAAAGCCGAGGAAAAAGCCAAGGAACUGUCAUUCUCAGACGAGAUCAGCAGCAAAGAAACAGGAGGAACCUCCAGGAACCGCAGAAAAGCAGAAAAAUCCUCGGAGUCGGAACCGAACGGUAGUGGUACAGCCGAGGAAGGCCCCAGAGAGCUUAAAAAAUGGAACCUGCGGCGGAACCGGCCCAUGCUGGACUUCACUACGAUGGAGGAGCUGAAUGAAAUGGAUGACUAUGACAGCGAGGAUGACAAUGACUGGAGGCCCACUGCAGGGAAAAAGAAAGGAAAAACAUCAGGCAAAGAGAAAGGAGGAAGUGAGGUAGAGGAGGAUGGGGGUAGUGCUGAAGAUGACAUUGAUGAUGAUGAUGAUGAUGAUGACGAUGAUGAUGAAGAUGGGAAUGAGAAUGAAUCCAGUAGCAGCGAUAGCGAAGAGGAAGGGAAGAAGCCAAAGAAGAAGGCAGGCAAGAGCACCGGGGCGUUUGAUGAAGAGGAGACCAAUGACAGUCACAGUACAUCACAUGGGAAGGUCAAUGAGGACUCUUUGCUGGAGCGGCCCCAGACAUGGAGCUCCCAGAGGAUGGAGCACAUCCUUAUCUGCUGCGUGUGUCUUGGAGACAACAGCGAAGAUGCGGAUGAGAUCAUCCAGUGUGACAACUGUGGCGUGACCGUGCAUGAAGGUUGCUAUGGUGUUGAUGGCGAAAGCGACUCUAUCAUGAGCUCGGCCUCCGAGAACUCCACAGAACCUUGGUUUUGUGACGCUUGCAAGAACGGCAUCAGUCCCAGCUGUGAACUUUGCCCGAGUCAGGAUGGAAUCUUCAAGGAGACCGACGCUGGGAGGUGGGUGCACGUGGUCUGUGCACUUUACGUUCCGGGGGUCGCGUUCGGAGACAUCGACAAACUCCGGCCGGUAACACUCACAGAGAUGAACUACUCGAAGUACGGAGCCAAGGAGUGCAGUCUCUGCGAAGAUGCGCGAUUUGCACGCACGGGCGUCUGUAUCAGCUGCGAUGCCGGAAUGUGCCGCUCGUUCUUCCAUGUGACGUGUGCGCAACGGGAAGGAUUGCUGUCUGAGGCCGCAGCGGAAGAGGACAUUGCAGAUCCAUUCUUCGCCUACUGCAAGCAGCACGCUGACCGUUUCGACAGGAAAUGGAAGAGGAAAAACUAUCUGGCCCUGCAGUCGUACUGCAAAGUGUCCUUGCAGGAGAGAGAGAAGCAACUCACGCCUGAAGCUCAGGCUCGAAUCACCACACGUCUUCAGCAGUACAGAGCAAAGGCAGAGCUGUCCCGAAACACUCGACCUCAGGCAUGGGUGCCCCGAGAAAAGCUUCCCCGACCACUUACCUCCAGUGCUUCAGCCAUUCGUAAGCUGAUGCGUAAGGCCGAGCUCAUGGGUAUCAGCACAGAUAUCUUCCCUGUGGAUACGUCCGAUACCAGCGCAAGCGUGGAUGGACGCCGUAAAAACAAACAGCCUGCCCUUACUGCAGAUUUUGUUAACUACUACCUGGAGCGGAACAUGAGGAUGAUUCAGAUCCAGGACAACAUCGUGGAGCAGAAGAACCUCAAAGACAAGCUGGAGAGCGAGCAGGAGAAGCUGCACAUGGAGUACUAUAAGCUGUGCGAGUCUCUGGAGGACCUGCAGAAUGUCAAUGGCCAGCUGAGGACCGAGGGCCAGGCCAUAUGGAACAUGAUGGGAGGGAUCCUUGGGCAGAAACUGAACUCUCCUGUAGUUCUGAAACCCCCUAAAGAAAGAAAGCCGAGCAAGAAAGAGGGAGGAUCACCAGGGAAGUCGUCUAACCUUCCUGCUGUGCUCUACAGUUGUGGGAUCUGUAAGAAGAACCAAGACCAGCAUCUUUUACUGCUGUGUGACACAUGUAAGCUGCACUACCACCUGGGCUGCCUGGACCCUCCACUCACACGCAUGCCGAAGAAGACAAAAAACAGCUACUGGCAAUGUUCUGAGUGCGACCAGGCCAGCAGCGACGAAGCGGACAUUGCCAUGGAGACGCUACCGGAUGGAACUAAAAGGUCCAGGAGGCAGAUCAAGGGACCGAUCAAAUUUAUCCCUCAAGAAAUGAGCCCAGAUCCCAAAAAACAUCAAAUGAGAGGGACGAGAACCAGAGGCCAGAAGAGGAAGAGGACAUCCAUAUGCGAGGAAGAGAAGAUUGAGGAACCGUCGCCGCGGGAGCGCAGACAGAGGCAGUCUACUCUGCAGAAAAAGCCCAAAGCCGAUGACACGCGGACCGAGUGCACCACCUGCAAGGGACCGGGCGACAAUGAAAACCUAGUGAGGUUUUGAGAGCCGGGCAGCAUCUCCUCCCCACCUCCCUAGCAAAGGACAGAUGAGAGAAAGACAGGGAGAGAGAGAGGGAAAUAUCUCGUUUGAAGAGCGGUGUUGGGGUCGGGGAGGAGUCGCAGAUGGCCACCUCUGACCGCCACCUUCGAUCGUCCUCUACCCAAAGCGGACCGUGCCAUGGACUUGAUCAUGGUUAAAUGAUGGUCCAUUCCGAGUUUUGUGAAAAGACGAUCAAAUGUGGACGAUUGCGUUUGGGGAAGAUCAACCCUCAUCGGACACUAUUAAAGGACUUUUUGUGGAUUUUAGUCUGUAUGGAGACUCAGUUAGCCAGUUUGGAGGUAUUUGCUUGUAGGGUGCUGUACUGGAAUACAUGAACAGUGACGCUUGCGGAUUAACUUGCAUCUAAGAUUUUGGGGCUUUUCACACCAUCUUUGCUAGCGUUUCACUGGCAUCUGGCCCAGUUUCUAUCUGGGCCUUCUGGACUUUCUCUUUCACGUUGGCUCUACAACGGCACACACUACUAACCCAAUGAUCACAUGAUCUGUGCUGACUGAGUCACAUGUGCUUCUCAACGCUGCGUUCCCUGUCUUACCUUCUUUUUAUUGUGAAUUUGCUUAAUGCUUUUGUUUCUUGGAUCUGCUGUCUUUUGCUUGUGCUAUGUGUGGUUAAUGGGUUAAAGUAGAAAUUAGAAUCAAUUUUACAAGUUGUGGUGCAGUUAUAUAGGUGAAUAUGGUAAUAUCUGUAUUUGCACUGUAGUUUUUACGAAGCGUCGUAUUUGUUAAUGGGUGAAUCUCACAAAAACAUAUCUAAGUCAUAUUUCACCACAAAAUCUAAAUGUGUUUUUUCUUAUUACAUAUUAAAAAAACAAGUAUUACAGUUAUAAUAGUUUGGCAAGAUUUUGCUAAAUUUUUAUAAAAUGGACACAUCAAAAUACUGAAAAUGAUGGUUUAUGAAAAUAUGCUUUGUUUCCUUUAAACUGAAAUGUGUUUUUUAUAUUAUUUUGCGGUGAAAUAUAACGAAGGCUGCGAUUAAAGUCCCAGUGAAAUAAAAAAUGACAAUGCCUAUUUUACAUGAUAUAUAGCAGCGUUAAUAGUAAAUAGUUUAUCAAUGUGGGUCAUUCUCAUUUUAAAAUUGUGUGGCGUCAUAAUCUAAAAAAAUGCACUUCCUGUAAUGACUAUUCAUAUUAGAUGGCUUGGGCAGAGCAUCCGUUAACUCCUCCCCUUCAAAUGUCAGUCUGCUCCCAGUUCCAUUUUAAAAUACAACGGCUGUUUUAUACAUCACAGAGCGAAAGCCACGCCCACUAUUUUCUCAUUUAAAAUUCCAUUUCAUUCAGUUAUGCAUAAAAAUAAGGAAGUAAAAACAACCUCAACUUCCGGUUCACAGGGACUUUAAUUGGGAUUAAUCACGUGCAGAAUAAAAGUUUGUGUUUACAUAAUAUACGCCUGUCUACUGUGCCUUUUGAUUUUGUAUUCAUAAACACAUACACAUACAUGCUAAUAUUGAAAAAAUAUAUAAAAUAAAUAAACAUUUAUAUAUUAUUUAAAUUAUUGGUAAAUAUAAAUAAAUAUAUCCAAAUACUUCCUACGUAUAUAUAUAUAUAUAUAUAUAUAUGUGUGUGUUUUUAAGUAUGUUUUUGUGUUUAUAAAUACAAAACUAAUAUGCACAGUAUACAGACAUAUAUUAUCUAAACACAUACUUUUAUUCUGCAAGCAAUGAAUUGAGUGACAGCCCUAAAUAUAACCUAUUUCACUCCAUAACGUCAUAGAAUGUUAAAACUAAAGUUUUUUAGUUGGCAUUGGGUUGUGUUGGUAUUCUGGUAUCUGAACCAUCAACCCUCCUUCACAUUCCCUCAUAACGUGUAUUGCACUUUUGACAGCCUAGCUGCCUAAUUCCGAGGCAGGACGGUUGACAGAUGACGGUAUCCUGUGGCUUCUAUCUUUAUGCCAUGGGGGACAGCCUUGCCCCGCAUGCCCUUUCAAACUGCUUACUUGCACCGGAGCAGACGCAAUACUUCCUUCCUGGGAUUUAUACAUCUAUUCCAUCUUUGGAUGACUUCAGCUGCCCUUUAACCUCUCACCCUGCUGUAUCUUCAGCCAGAGCUUUAUCUUUCCGUUCUACUGAGCCGUCUUACCUAGUUCACAGCGUUCUGUGUGUGUGUGUGUGUGUGUUUGUUGGGGCACGUAUAUUGCAUCUGCUUCGUGAAGAUAAUGCUAGUAGAUGGAGCCUGUUAGAUUACAGGACGUCUGUUACCUAAGUAUUGAACUCUUCUGCCUUUUUUCUUAAAGUGUUUCUGGCAUACGCCGUGUUGCCAUUUUGUUUUAAAUGUUCAUUUGUACUUGAAUAUUUUGAACUGUAUUUACAAUUUAAUUGGACUCUGUUUCAUGUAUUGUACAUAUGACAUUUUGAUUUUGUAGUUGUUCUUUAUAGUUUGUAUAAAUGUGUCUUGAGAUGAGAUGUUGCAUUGCAUUUAAAGUGUGAAUUUGCACUGUGCAUUAUUUGGGUGAGUGUUGUCUACGGACAGAGGCGUUUGCAUCAUGCAAGCCUUAAUAAACUCUUGACUUUUUCA